AUGCCACCGAUGUUUUUAAUCUCCGGCGGCAUAUCGGAUGCGACGGAAAUAUUAAAGGACUAUCAUAAACAGGCAUUGCAUGAAUCUAAUAAGGCUAGGGAGAUGGAGACCGAGAUUAUCAUGCAGCUCAACGGACUACGGGCUGAUCUGGGCCAAAAGAUCAAGGAAAUCAAGAACCUGUCCGGUGACUUCAAGAAUACCGUUGAUAAAGAAGUUGAGGUUACUCGAAAGGCCGUCAAGCAUCUACAUGAGGCACUUGGUUUGGUAGACAGUGAUGCUGCUGCUACUUCAGGCAAGGGUGAUCCGUUUCUUCUCCGGAUGAGCGUUGACAGGCAGCUGGAAAGACAGAUUGAAGAGGAGAAUUAUCUACAUCGAGCGUAUCUAAACCUUGAAAGGUCUGGUCGAGAACUUGAAUCAAUCGUGGUUGGUGAAAUACAGAAGUCAUACAAUGUAUACGCCAGCAUCCUGAAGCGAGAUGCCGAUUCCGCUUAUCAUGCGGUUGAAAGGCUGAAGGAAGGACCUAUUUCCAUCCCCAAGGACCAUGAAUGGCGUUAUUUCAUUGACCAAACUGACCAGAUGGUCGAUCCUGACCUGGAUUUAAGAGAUCUGGCAAAUAUAACGUACCCUGGAAAGGAUCACCCUGCUGCCGCAGAGGUCCGCGCUGGCAUGCUGGAGAGGAAGAGCAAGUACUUGCGAAGCUAUACUCCUGGGUGGUAUGUGCUAUCACCGACUCAUUUACAUGAGUUCAAAUCGGCAGAUCGAAUUGCAUCCCAGAACCCUGUGAUGUCUCUGUAUCUUCCCGAGCAGAAGUUGGGAUCCCACUCCACUCCUGAAUCUUCAUCCCACAAGUUCAUGCUCAAGGGCCGUCAGACGGGAUCGAUGCACCGCGGACAUGCUUGGGUGUUUCGUGCUGAAUCCCAUGAAACAAUGCUAGCCUGGUAUGACGAUAUCAAGGCCCUGACUGAAAAGACUGGCGCUGCAAGAGAUGCAUUUGUUCGAAGACAUGCUCGCUCUUACAGUGGUGCCAGCUAUCGAACCGCCUCUAUUAGUAGUGACGGGGUUAUGGAUGAAGAUGAAGCCGAUAAGACUCCCUACUCGGCAGACCAUUUGAUGCAAAGGCAACCUUCCCCUACAAGCGAGACAACCACUGCCACCGGCUCCCAAUGGCGACGUCAGAGAAGUGUUGGUCGGUUCCCAAGCGAUGUGCAGAUUAACCAGCAUCUAAACGCACCUCUCUCACCCUCCAGCUCUGAAAAUCGCGACGUCAGCAAUACUGUGCCGAUCUCAAACGCAGUCAACCACAACAGUAUCAACAAUGAGCAGAGACAGAGCCAGCAUUUCAACCAAGGUAUAAAUGAUCUUCCGAGCCGGGCAUCCAUGGACAGCGAAUCCAGGUCCAGCAGACCAAUAUUCGACAGACGUCGCUCGCAAGUCAAAUAUGAAGACUGGGCGCAACCACACCAUCACCCCCGACCAAUCACAAUAUCCUCCCAAGGUGGAGAUUCUAGCCGCCUUGUACAACAAACUCCUUCUCCACUCUCGGAAUCUCCCUUGCGCUACAGUCAGGGACCGCCGCUCGGGGACCUCACGGACCAUGAUCAUCACCAGCCCGCACCGACAUCCCAUCCGCACACAGCAAACCACGAAAUUAAACCAGACGGCGUGAACGGAGCCGCACAUCACCACCUAGACGGUGAUGGAAGAGAUAUUGAACCCAUCGUCACCGACGGAGUAACCAACAACAGAUCAUCGCUUUACCCGACUUCGCCCCUUGACCAACCCUUGAGUCGAACAUCCAUCGACCUGAAAGUUCCCGGCCAGUUUCCUCAAAGAUCCUGA